UCUCUCCCUUCCAAGUCCCAACCCGCCCUAACUAACGACUCUUCUCAUUUAACAGACAAUUACUUCUGAUCCAAUUUUUUGCAAAUAAGAUUUUAUUUCCUAAUUUUAAUCAGCAUUUUUCAGUUAUUCUUUAAUUCCCUUAAAAUCUAUCAUCUCAGGAGAAUAACGAGAGAAAGAAAAUAGAAAUAAGAAACGAACUACUGAUUCCUAUUUUUUCUCAACAUCAAGCAUUUGAGCUGUUGAUGAUCAAUCGUUAGGGCAUUUGAGCUCUUCUUCAAUGGCGUCCUGGCUCAAAGCCGCUGAAGAUUUAUUUGAAGUGGUGGAUAGGAGGGCAAAGCUUGCUGCUGGGGAUAAUCCCGAUGAACAACUUAAUCUUCAGACACCAGCUUCUAAUGGACGAGGAUCUCAACCAAAGAGGACAAGACCAAAAGCAAAGACUAAAAAGCCUCUCUCUUCGGAUGAAACUCCAGUGAUGGUUGAUACUGAAAUUAAGCAGAGUAUACCUGAAACAUCACAAACAGAAGCUGUAUUAGAUAAAGAUACGGCUGCCCAAUUAGCUGAAAAUAGUGUGGUAAGUCCGCAUAGUGUUACUAGAACAAUUGUUAAUGAGGAUCAACAUGGUGUCGGUAGAGCUGGCUCCAUUGCAGAGACUCCUUCACCUGGAGAUGUUAUUAAUGAGGACUUGAAGACUGAUGCGGGUCACAUUGAAGCAGAAGCUACUGGACAAAUAGAAGUUGUAGCAUCGGAUAACAAUGGUGAAAUAGCACAGAAGAAUGUCACAGAUGCUGAUGAGGGAACUGCACCACUCUCUGCUGGUGACCUUGAUCGUGCUAAUCUCCCAACUGAGUCCAGCCAAAGUACUGUUUUGGGAGAAGCAAAAUUUCCUGCAAAUAUUAGGAAUGAUGGAUCUCAAAUUUCAAGUUCAGAUGCAAUUAGUGAUGCUGAAAUUCAGCCUAGGGAAUCUGAUUUAAAAGUUGAAUCAGGUCCAGAUCAACAGAGGCAUUCAGAACGAAGUAUUGUUAUUUCUUCUGAGAAAGUACAAGAGCAACUUGAUGAGGCUCAAGGACUACUGAAAAAUGCAAUUUCUACUGGUCAGUCCAAAGAAGCAAGGUUAGCCCGGAUUUGUGCUGGUCUUUCAUCUCGUCUUCAAGAGUAUAAAUCUGAAAAUGCACAGCUAGAAGAGCUACUUGUUGCAGAGAGAGAUCUGAGUAGAUCAUACGAGGAGAGCAUUAAGCAUCUUCAAAAAGAUUUAUCUGUCUCCAAAAGUGAGGUUACCAGGGUGGAGUCCAACAUGGCUGAUGCAUUGGCUACUAAGAAUGCUGAAAUUGAGGCACUUGUCAAUUCUGUGGAUGGACUGAAGAGACAAGCUGCUUUAGCUGAAGGAAAUUUGGCAUCACUGCAGGCAAACAUGGAGUCUAUAAUGAGAAACAGGGAGCUUACAGAAACAAGAAUGAUGCAAGCCUUAAGGGAAGAGCUGGCUGCUGCAGAACGAAGAGCUGAAGAUGAGCGUACUGCACAUAAUGCUACAAAGAUGGCUGCUAUGGAAAGGGAAGUAGAAUUGGAACAUCGGGCUAUUGAGGCAUCAACAGCAUUAGCUAGAAUUCAGAGGACUGCAGAUGAAAGAGCCACAAAAGCAGCUGAACUUGAGCAGAAGGUGGCACUGCUUGAGGUUGAAUGUUCAACUCUCAAUCAAGAACUACAAGAUAUGGAAACUCGUGCUCGCCGUGGACAAAAGAAGUCUCCAGAAGAAGCAAAUCAAGCCAUUCAGAUGCAAGCAUGGCAAGAAGAGGUGGAGCGUGCACGUCAAGGUCAAAGAGAUGCUGAGAGCAAGCUUUCUUCUAUGGAGGCUGAGGUACAAAAGAUGAGAGUUGAAAUGGCUUCCAUGAAGAGGGAUGCUGAGCAUUACUCACGUCAGGAACAUAUGGAGCUCGAGAAGCGGUAUCGUGAAUUAACUGAUUUAUUGUACUACAAACAAACACAACUGGAGACCAUGGCCAGUGAAAAAGCAGCAGCAGAAUUUCAGUUGGAGAAGGAAUUAAAACGUCUCCAGGAAGCACAGGUAGAAGCAGAAAGGAAUAGAACUUCUCGUCGAGCAUCAUCCUCUUGGGAGGAAGACACAGAGAUAAAAGCACUUGAGACUCUUCCCUUGCAUCACCGCCACAUGGUUGGGGCAAGCAUGCAGCUUCAUAAGGCAGCAAAGCUUUUAGAUUCUGGAGCUGUCAGGGCCACAAAGUUUCUAUGGCGGUAUCCAUAUGCUCGAGUUGUCCUGCUUUUCUAUCUGGUAUUUGUACAUCUUUUCUUGAUGCAUCUUUUGCAUCGCCUUCAGGAACAAGCUGAUACAUAUGCAUCUAGAGAAGUCGCAGAGUCCAUGGGGCUUGCCAAUCGAACGCUACCUUGAGCUUCUCUGCUGCAAAGAUUGCUUGAAUUUUUUCUCUUUAAUACAAAGUUGCUUCUGGAUAUGUGGUUUUUGCUCAUCAUUAUACGUGUAGGUCAUCGAGUUCAUCCAUUAUGUGAAGAAGAAAAUUUGGGUGGUUCAGCUGACAGGUUUGCCUUUAACCCUCGAUUGCCGUGAACCACUAAAGUUGCCAACAAAUGCAAGGAAUCCUGAGCAAGGUUUAUUAUACUCGGGAUUCGACUACGGUAACAAGAUGUAUAUGCUGGACUUGAUCGUCUUCUGUAGAAGCAAGAAAUUAUUAUAUAAUACAUCUCUUAUGACAUGCCUUUUUCUUGUACAAGGAACACGUGUUAACAUUUUUGCAAGAAAGUUUCCUGUAAGCACAAAUUGAUUGGAGAAACAAACAGAAUAUGAUAUUCUUUUCUCGUGUA